CCCCCACGAGACCACCCGGCGGGGGCGGGGCAAUGAAGGGCUCUGAUUGACAGCUCCGGCCGCGCCCCCUUCGACCGGGAUCAGAGCGGUCCACACAGAUUUAAAAUGGAGACGUCGGCGCUGACGCAGGGCCUGGAGCGGGUCCCGGCCCAGGCCGGGUAUCUCGUCAUCAGCGACGGCGCCGUCCUGGCUUCGUCGGGGGACCUGGAGAACGACGAGCGCACGGCCACCGUCCUGCAGGGCCUGGUGGCCACCGCGCUGGGGCUGCGCCUGCCCCGCGGCCACCACCCCCCCUUCCGCCGCCUCUCGGGUCAGUGCCACCUCCUGGGGUCACCUGGGGUCACCACAGGGUCACCAUGGGGUCACCACCCCCCCUUCCGCCGCCUCUCGGUGGUGUUCGGGGAGCACUCCCUGCUCGUCACGGUGUCAGGACAGAAACUCUUCGUCGUCAAACGCCACAACCACGUCCAGGACCCCGUGGCCGUCUGACAGCUGUCCCCAAUGUCCCCAACAACUGUCCCCAAUGUCCCCAACAACUGUCCCCAAUGUCCCCAACAACUGUCCCAGCUGUCCCCAAUGUCCCCAACAACUGUCCCCAAUGUCCCCUGCUGUCCCAGCUGUCCCCAAUGUCCCCAACAACUGUCCCCAAUGUCCCCUGCUGUCCUCACCUGUCCUCACCUGUCCCCAGGGGUGGUGGCACCUCCCCUCCGUGUCCCAAGGUGUCCCCAAGGCCACCCAGGGGGAUUUUGGGGCCACCCCCCCCCCCAGUGUCACUCUGGAGGCAAUAAAGGGUGUCCUGGAGUGUCA